UGCUACGUGUCCAGGAAGUCACCCAAAUCAACAUGGCGGCACAACAGGGAGAAGUUGAUGAGCUUUUCGAUGUGAAAAAUGCCUAUUACAUUGGAAGUUAUCAACAAUGCAUUAACGAGGCACAGAAAGUCAAGCCAUCUUCACCAGAAAAGGAGGUCGAGAGAGACAUGUUCCUGUACAGAGCCUACAUAGCCCAAAGGAAGUAUGGAGUAGUUCUGGAUGACAUCAAGUCUAGCUCUGCAGCUGAACUUCAGGCUGUCAAGAUGUUUGCAGAUUACCGUGCCAACGAAAGCAAAAGGGAUGCCAUUGUAGCAGACCUGGAUAAGAAGAUGGCAAAGAGCGUGGACGCAGCCAACACCACCUUCCUCCUGAUGGCUGCGUCCAUCUACUACCACGAAAUGAACUCUGACGCUGCUCUCAGGACUCUUCACCAGGGAGAGAGUCUGGAGUGCAUGGCGAUGACCAUUCAGAUUCUGCUCAGUCUGGACCGAGUUGACUUGGCAAGGAAGGAGCUGAAGAAGAUGCAGGAACAGGAUGAAGACGCCACUCUGACCCAGCUGGCCACUGCCUGGGUGAACAUCUCUGUGGGGGGAGACAAGCUGCAGGAUGCCUACUACAUUUUCCAGGAGAUGUCAGAGAAGUACUCGGCCACGCUGCUGCUGCUCAACGGCCAGGCCGCCUGCUACAUGGCCCAGAACAAGUGGGAGGAGGCAGAGGGCGUGCUGCAGGAGGCCCUGGACAAGGACAGCGGGCACCCAGAGACUUUAAUCAACCUGAUCGUGUUGACACAGCACCUGGGAAAAGCCCCAGAGGUAACCAAUCGGUAUCUGUCUCAGCUGAAAGAUGCUCAUAGGUCCCACCCCUUCCUCAAAAAAUACUUCACCAAGGAGAAUGACUUCGACAGACUGGCCAUGCAAUAUGCACCUACGGCAACAGCAUGAGAUUUCUUAGAAUAUGUUUAGAUACCUGUACGCAACACAGACAUUUUCUCUGUCACUUUGAUUUAUUGUAUCGUGAAUAAUGGAAUUUCAAUGAAUGGAAUACAUCUAUAGAAUACAACUGGUUUUAUUUGAUCAAUUUGGUCAAACCAUCUGCCUCAGUUACUAUUAAACAGAUGCAAAAUUCUUUUUUUAACUUUUUUUUUUUACACAACCAGACCAGAGCAACAACAUGAAAAGGUAUCUAUUUUGAGAGCCCCCUUUGAUGUUUGGAACAUUUGCAUUUCUUUCAUUGCAAAUACCUACCCGUAUCUCCAAAGCAUUCCUUUUGUGUGGGUAAUAAAUGUUUUAUUUCAUUCAG